CUCUCCAACCACACAGAGUCACAGGACCACAAUAGCUCUGAGAACCAGCGCACACACAAGCAGAAAACUGAAAUGAAAGCACAAAGAGGCGCACACAGGAAGCUCUGCAACUAUAUGAACUAAGAAAGACGAGACUCAAGAGAUAUUCUUCACAUGUGACAGAAACCCAGCUUAAGCACCCUGGAACCCGGAAAGGCCAAGACUGCUGGAGGUAUAGGUGAAGAUGAGAAAGUCACAGACUUCUGAUCUCCGUGUGGAGGUAGACGACAGGACAGAGGAGGAGAAAUUGAUGCAAAAGGCACCAAAGAAGGAUGGUUUGGCUUCUGCUUUAGGUUUGAACAUGGAGGCCCCCAAGGCCCCCAUGGACACUGAUUACCAGGAGGAAAUGGAGCCGACAAAGCCUCAGAUCCGAUUCAAUCACAACUUUGACAAAAUGAUUAGAGGUGAGCAGCCGCAACAAAAGAGAGACAUCUCCAGUUUUAACAGGGAGCGAUUGUUUGAAGCAGUGGCCAGCAGGGAUGUCGAGAAACUGGACGGAUUGUACCAGUACUUGCAUCGGAGCAUGAAGACACUCUCUGACUCUCUGUAUCAGUCGUACGGUAAAACCGUCCUGAUGAAAGCUCUGCUGCACCUCAGAGAUGGCAAGAACGAAACCAUAGAGGUGCUGAUCGACAUUUCAGAGAGGAUUGGCGACAUUAAAGAGUUUGUGAACGCAGCCUACACCAGCAGCUACUAUAAAGGUCAGACUGCUCUACAUAUAGCCAUUGAGAGGAGAAGUAUUUCCUAUGUGAAGCUGCUGGUCAGCAAAGGUGCAGAUGUUCAUGCCAAAGCCUGUGGGAAGUUCUUUCAACCACAUGAUGGCCCCAACUUCUACUUCGGUGAGCUGCCCCUGUCUCUAGCAGCCUGCACAAACCAGCCUGACAUAGUGGACUUCCUCAUGGAGAAUGAGUACCUGCGAGCAGAGGCUAAGAUGACGGACUCUCGUGGCAAUACGGUGCUGCACGCCCUGGUGUUGGUGGCUGAUAACUCGCAGGAGAACACAAAAUUCAUUAAGGCCAUUUAUGACCGAAUCCUAAAGACCACUGCCCGACUGCAUUCCAAGAUGAAGCUGGAGGAGAAAGAGAACCACAUCGGACUUACACCUCUCAAACUGGCUGCCAAGACCGGCAAGAUUGGGAUUUUUUCUCACAUUCUACAAAGGGAAUUCCAUGAGAAUCACAUCAAGCACUUGUCCCGUAAAUUCACUGAGUGGGUUUAUGGACCCGUCCACAGUUCCCUAUAUGACCUUUCCUCUGUGGACUCAUACAAGAACAACUCUGUCCUGGAAAUUCUAAUCUAUGGUAGUGACAUUCCUAACCGUCAUGAGAUGCUGGAGAUGGAACCGCUAAACUGCCUGUUGGAGGAUAAGUGGAAGAAGUAUGGCGCUAGAAUGUUUUUGCUCAACUUCCUGGUCUACCUUGUGUACCUUGUCAUCUUCACUGUUGUAGCCUACAAUAAAAAAGAUGUAAAGCCUCCGUUUCCCAUUGAGCACGACAAGUUGGGUUACCUGUAUACUUCAGGCCAGUUGCUGACAUUGUUAGCAAACUGUUAUUUCUUUGUCAAUGGGAUCAUGGACAUGAAGAGGAAGCGGCCAAAGAUGCAGACACUGCUGAUUGAUGGAUAUUAUGAGAUUCUCUUUUUUGUGCAGGGUAUCCUGUUCCUGGCCUCCACUGCUCUGUAUAUGGGACGGAGGCAGGAGUACCUGGGCUUCCUGGUGAUGUGUCUGGCUCUCAGCUGGGUGAACGUGCUGUACUACUCCAGGGGGGACAGACACAUGGGGAUCUACAGCGUUAUGAUACAGAGGAUGAUCCUCAGUGAUAUCCUGCGAUUUCUUUUUGUUUACAUUGUUUUCCUUUUUGGAUUCUCAGCAGCGGUGGUCACACUGCUUAUAGAGCCAGAAGUAAAAAACAUAACAUCACGGAGGGCAGGAUUUUAUGCAACCAUCACACCUAAUGAGGAGUGUGUCACACCCACCUAUAAAAACAUCCCCUACACCACCCUGCAGCUCUUCAAGUUCACCAUAGGCAUGGGUGACAUGGAGUUCACUCAGGAUUACCAGUACAUGGAGGUCUUCUACGUUCUCCUCAUUGCCUACAUCAUUCUCACUUACAUCCUGCUGCUCAACAUGCUCAUAGCCCUCAUGAACCGGACUGUGGAAAAGAUCACUAUGGAGAGCACCAGCAUUUGGAGGCUGCAGAGGGCCGUCACGAUCCUGGACAUGGAGAAAAGGCUACCCUACUGUCUAAAGAAGACUUUUCGCUCUGGGGUGGAGAAGAAACUCGGCACUGCUCUUGGAGAAGAUCAGCGAAGGUGUUUCAGAGUCGAAGGAGUGAACUGGAACAAAUGGAACACUAACCUGGUCAACAUCAGCGAGGAUCCAGGAUGUUUUGAUCGGAGCCAGCUGCCUGAUUUAGACAGCCCUUUGAGCACAUUAAACAGAGGGAGGAGCUGGAGAGGCAUUUUCAUGGAAAGCAGUAGGAGGAAGACGUCUCAGUCCACUGAGAUGAGACCCCAGAAUGUCUAAAGAGCCUCUGAAGAGUUAAACAUGGCCUCAGCUUGAAUGACGAGCAACAAGGCCUUCCGACUCCAACGCAGUAUUCUGUUUAACUGACAAAAGCUUGAACUGAUUCCCUGACUGAACUGCUGUUAGAUUUAUUGUAAAUGCAAUCUUUACAGAAACAUUUCAGUAAUAUCAGCAUAACAAGAAAAAUGUGGGCAUUUCUUUGUUUGACCUGUAUAACUGUGUUAAAAAGUAGACUUUAGGGAUGCUGCAACAAAUGUUGUAUUUUCCAUUAACACCUUUGGUAAAAUGCAUUUCAACCUGUUUGUUCACGUGAGCUGGUGGAUGCACAUCCUGUGCAGAGAGGCCCAAACCUUCUAGCACCUCUGGCAUGGUUUAAAAUCCGUCAUGGAGUUAUACGAUCACCAAGGUGCUGAUCCUGCCCCUCCUGCUGUGUGCCCUUUAUACAGGUCCCAUUUUCAUCACAGCCAGACAAGCUAAAUCUACUGCAGCCAGACCAGCCCUGCAGAUUUCACAGCUUGCUUCGUCUACUCGACUUCCUCUCACUAUGAGGCAGAGGCAGGCCUGGAUGAAGGGCACAGCAAUCGGAGCAACAAUCUCCACCUUCGGCACUGGCUGACACUGUUACAAAUUAUGUGCUUUAGCUCUUUUUCAGCUGUUCAGUCACUUAUUUGGCCAUACAGUUCUAGUCAAAGUUUCCAGAAAUUAUCAUGCAAAUAAAAGGCAGUACUUUUGGGGUGUA